AUGCAACACGCAGCUAUCUCCUUGUCGGCCCCGCCUACCCAAACGACAGACGACCGCCUUCACCCCGUGCAACACCUGUCGGCGAGUCCGGAGAGCCAUGUCGCCGCCGGACAUGCGGCCAACCACGACCCCGACGACCCUGUCCGUCUACCCGGCCCUGUCUCGCGGAAGGACACGUCCUCGUCCACUGCGACCAACGCGCCCACGAUAGCUUCGGCCCUUACUUCGACCGACUCUACCAACACGCAAUACUCCGCUGAGACUGCGUCGCCUACCUUUGCUGCCCCCGGCCAGGCCGUCUUCUCAGCUAAGGAUGGCUCCAAUGUGAAUGCCCAGCAACAACGCCGUCCCAGCCGGCGACGAACCGGGCCCCUGACAGCCGUCCAACGCCAGCGCGCCCAUUUGAUCAGGAAGAUGGGCGCCUGCAGCGACUGUCGGCGCAGGAGGGUAGCGUGCCAUCCAAACCACCAUAACAUGACGUGGGAGGAGGCCGAGAGAAAGUUCCGGACAAGCGACUCGUCACUGAGCAUUCUCUCUCUGACUGGGUCGCACCUGGGCCCCCCGCCCCUGAAUCCCCGGUCGAGUUUCUCCCAGGAUGCUCAGGACAGCAUGGACCUUGACCCCAUGCAGCUCCAACAUACAGCAGGCCCGACCUCGCAGAGCGAGGCGGCCCGGAUCAGGACUCCGCUCCCGAAUGGUCCCCGGCUGGACAAGCCCAACUUGACGCCUAUACCAGGCUGGGAGAGUUUUCGGACUGACCUUCAGGGCAGCGUUGACCGGAUCUUGGCGAGCCCCUCGCGAAGCCGGUAUGCCAGGGUCUCGGUGCAGAUCGUGCGUUGGCAGGCCGACGAGGACAUUGAAGGCCGAGCGGCUCUGAUGGAACUGUGCAAGGUCUUUAAGGAGGAGUACAACUAUGCGGCGGAAAUCAUUUCGAUACCCACGUCAGCCGACGAGUCCAAGAGCCCUGUGAUUUGGCUUUGCAAGAAGGUGAUCGACUUCGUUGAGAAGGAAAACCACCGGGAUACGCUCAAGAUUUUUUACUACAGCGGGUACAGUUAUUUGGACCCCGACCGUGAUACUGUUCUCGCGAGCUCCAAACAUGCCGACCCCAACUCAACCAUCCGCUGGAGCAGUAUACAGCCGAUCUUUGAAGAGGCGCGUUCCGAUUCAUUGAUCAUCAUGGACUGUGCCUACUACCCAGGGUUCAAAAGCGUCCGGCAGCAGGGCAUGUUGGAGUUGCUCGCGGCGUCCGCUGGUGAAGACCACACUGAGCGGCUCGGCAGGGGCACCUUUACGCGGGCCGUGGCUGACGUCCUUAGAAAGAGGGCUGGGCAGCUGCCGCUGAAGGAGCCCCUGUCUGCGGCCGAGCUGCACUCGAGGCUACUCGCUGUAUACCCGGAGAUUGUUCGGGGACCGGCAUCACAGUCCCCGGGAACUAGGAUGACACGGUUCCCCACGCCGCUCUGCAUGCAGCUAUCGGGGAACAAGACGACUCCGUCCAUCGUCCUGGCGCCGCUUCGCCCGGCCGGCGAGCCGCCCCGUCCCGAGCCGCAGCAAGGCAGCGGGUCCAGCCUGAUCAGCAUUACGUUUCGUCUAGCCGACGACACCUUCAACACGGACAAGUGGGCCGAAUGGUUUCGGUCCAUGCCUGAGGGUGUCCUCGAGGCUAAGGUGGAGGGGCCGUUCCGGAAUGCUACAGCAACUACUACUACUACGACGACGACGACGACGACGACGACAACGACGUUUCAACAGUGA